AUGACAGAAUUUGAGAUGAGUGAUUUGGGUCUUCUCUCCUACUACUUAGGGAUUGAAGUGGAACACCAGAAGAGCCGAAUUUUACUUAGACAAUCAACUUAUGCUAAGAAAAUUCUGUCUCAAUUCAAGAUGGCAGAUUGUAAUGCCACAAAACAUCCGAUAGAACCCAAGACACAACUACAUAAAGACUUGGAAGGGACUCCAGUUGAUGCCACAGAGUACAGACGCGUCAUUGGUUGCCUGAGAUAUUUGCUACACACACGACCAGACUUGUCAUAUCCUGUCGGGAUGGCGAGCAGAUACAUGGAAAGGCCUACAACCAUGCAUUACAAAGUGGUCAAACAGAUUCUCAGGUAUUUGAAAGGUACAAUCCAUUUUGGACUUACUUACAUGAAGGGACCCCAGGAAAUUAGUAUAUUCGGCUACUCGGAUAGUGAUUUAGCCGGCGAUCUCGAUGGGAGGAAAAACACAAGUGGAAUGACUUUCUAUUUUAAUGAAAGUUUGGUGUCCUGGAAUUCACAGAAACAGAAGAUAGUGGCGCUUUCAUCUUGUGAGGUAGAAUUCAUGGCAGCCACAACUGCGGCCUGCCAUGCUUUGUGGUUGAGGAGUCUUACUAGCGAAUUAACCGGUGAAAAGCCAAAGCCGGUAACGUUGUUUGUUGACAACAAAUCUGCUAUAGCACUCAUAAGAAUCCAGUAUUCCAUGGUCGAAGCAAGCAUAUAG